CUGCCUGGAAGGAUGUUCUCCUCGGCAAAGCCAUACGAAAACCAGCGCUACGCGGCCUUGAAGAAGGACUGCCAACGGAGGAAGGUGCUUUUCGAAGACCCACUGUUCCCAGCCAACGACGACUCGCUGUUCUACAAGUCGAGGAUUCAGGGUAUCCAGUGGAAGCGGCCAAAGGAGAUCUGCGACGACCCCCACCUCUUUGUGGAUGGCAUCAGCUGCCACGAUUUGCACCAGGGGCAGGUGGGGAACUGCUGGUUCGUGGCGGCUUGCUCCUCCCUGGCGUCCAGGGAGUCCCUCUGGCAAAAGUGGAGCAUAUAA